AACGCGUGGCUUGCCUCAAUCUACAGCUUUCUUGUUGGGCAUGCCCGCAAAGAACAACGGACGACUAUUUAGACCCCAAAAAUGCUUUUAAAGAAGGGUUUCAUAUAGGGAAGGUCAAACGGGUGUCAUUCGGUGAAACUCCGCCUGAAGGUGGCAGGAAUGUGGAUGUAUCGAUGCGGAGGUUGCAGUACGUCGAAUAAGGAGUACCAUACUGGAGCACGCCGCACCGCACUGCCACGGUACUCAGAUACAACCUGCGUCGACCAUUUCGUCUCGGGGAGUGCCCCGAAUCAACCACGGGAGGCAAGGCAAAACGCAGUCACAAUGGCUUCCGAGGAAACAUAUUCUGCCAAGAGGUCUCGCGCGGCACCGUCGGCUUAUUUCCUUUUCGCAAAAAAAGAGCAGGCGACCAUCCGCCAGCAGCUUGCUAAUGAGAGCGGGAGGGAGCGGAUUCCUCUCGGAGAGGUCCAAAAAGCUCUUAGUGAGAAGUGGAGAAACAUCUCAUCAGCAGAGCGCGAGGCCUACUAUGAAGAAGCGCGAGAGAAAAAGCAGGAGUACCAACAGGAGGCUUUAUGGCACGACAAGGAGGCGCAAGAAAGAGAGACGAAGCAUCCGACGGUUUCUGGAGGUCACAAAAGGUGUCUUCCGGACGCCGGCGACUUAUUCCCACAGGCCCGAGUCAACAAGAUUGUCAAACUUGACCCGACGCUUGCCCGAGUUACAGCUGUCGCAGCCCGCACGAUGAACCUCGCCAUGGUUCUGGCCCUCCGCCGUUUCGCGUCCUUGGCUGAUUCGUACCGAAGCGGGCGCAGCACUCUAAUGCAGGAGGAUGUCUUCUCAAUGAUUCGGCAAGGCGGGGCGGAAAUGUCAAUUUUUCAGGGAGUUUCGUAUGCUUUGGACACCGACGGCAGUAGCGAUGACGACGGUCAUGUGGAGUUGUCAAGUCGUGCUGAUGAUACGUUUAAUAAUUCGGCAUCGGCUGAAACGAUUGGUGGCACGAGCUCUGAUCACCCGACAUGGAACAAGAAAAGAAACAAACCACCCACUUUGAACGGUGACAGUGCAUAUCGCCUCGAGCAUGCGAGGGCGACAAGGCCCAAUAUUGGCAAGAGCGUAGUCCCCAUGAAAGGCAGGAAGAAACCAUCCGGAUCGAAGGGUAUGCAGUGUGCAGAUAUAAGUUCGUUCUUCUCUUGCACGCGCUAAGCCAUUUCAAUUGGUAAGUGCAGUAUAGUGGCUCAAGGCCGUCUCCAGCAACGAUAGUGUCCCAAUUCGAGAGCAAGCGCUUUCUGUUUUCUGUUAUGGUGCCAGCCGCAUACUGAUGAAACAAGUAACGACUGCCGCUGCACGUGCCGAGUUUUGUUUUAUAAGAACACAGUCGUAGCAAUUGCACAAAUAUCCACAUAUAUCAUGAGUUGCGGUGAAGUGGAUUGCUCCAAGAGUCGAGCAAUUGUGUUGAUGCAGUGCGAAGGAGAUAAAAUGUUGGUCGAUGUAUUGCCAUUUGAGUGAACCGAUUUAGGGGAUGUGAAGGGUCCCGAGGAAGGACGCUUUCGUCUAUGAUAACGCAAAUUUCAGG